UGGUUAUCUGCUCCAGGCUCACGGAUCGGAGGUUUUAUCUUUAGACCCAUAAAUAUUUAUCUUUACGACGGGCUCUGAAGAUCAGGUCUCUGAUCCUCUCACCUUCUUCACGUGGAUCAGCUGACUGACUCAGUGACAACAUGAAUCCAGACCCUGCCAAUAAAGGACUGGUCACACCUGGUCCAGAGGUCAGAGCAGGAACACUGGUCCGCGUCUGUGCCCGGCUCACUGACACCAUGGACUGUUUGAAGAAGAAGGGCGUCGUCGUCGGUCUCUUGUCAGUGUCCAUUGUGGUUCUAAUUAUUGGUCUUGGACUCGGCCUGGGACUGGACCUGCAGAGGUGUCGCAACAAAGUGGUUCCUCACACGUCCUGCAGGGGGCGAUGUUUGGAACCCUUUGGUGAAUCUCCAGGCUGCAGGUGUGACUCCAGCUGUGGGAACAGCAGCGCCACCUGCUGCCCCGACUUCCUGGAUCUCUGCCUGCUGCCCACUGAGAGCUGGGAGUGUACGGCGCUCCGCUGUGGAGAGAGGAGGAGCAGCAGGAGCAGGUGUCAGUGUUCAGACGACUGUCUGACAUCAGGAGACUGUUGUACCAACUACAGACGAGUCUGUCAUGGUGAGCAACAGUUUGCUGUUUGUGUAAAUGAUGUUUUGUUUUUCUGAAUCUUUGACGUCAGCUUCAAAAAACAGCCGCUGCUGCUCAUCUCACUGGACGGACUCCGAGCCGAGUACACCAGGACCUGGAGUUACCUGAUCCCUGUCCUGGAGAAACUCAGAAGAUGUGGAACGUCAGCUCCGUACAUGCAGUCAGCUUUUCCCAGCAAGACCUUUCCAAACCACUACACUAUCGUAACGGGUCUCUAUCCAGAGUCCAAUGGUCUGAUUGACAACGUCAUGUACGACCCAGUGUUGGACGCCUCCUUCAGCCUGUCCAGUCCAGAAAAAGACAAUCCUGCCUGGUACCUGGGACAACCUGUCUGGCUCACAGCUCAGUACCAGGGUCUGAAAUCUGGGACCUUUUUCUGGCCUGGCUCAGACGUGAAGGUCAACGGCAGUUUCCCAAACAUCUACAAACCCUACAACGGAAAGACUCCGUUCGAGGAGCGGGUGUUCACGGUGCUUCAGUGGCUGCAGCUCCCUGAGGAGGACAGGCCUGAUUUCUACACCCUGUAUCUGGAGGAACCUGAUAAAUCUGGACACAGCUUCGGUCCAGUCAGUGGAGGAUUGAUUGCAGCCCUCCAGGGAGUGGACAGGGUCAUGGGUCAGCUGAUGGACGGACUCCGACAGAUCGGACUUCACCGCUGCCUGAACAUCAUCGUCGUGGCCGAUCACGGUAUGGAGGAAACCAGCUGCGACAGGAAGGAAGUGAUGCAGGACCUGGUGGGAGACGUCAGGAGCUACUGGGUCAACGAGGGUCCGUUUGGACGAAUCCGAGCCCGGAACAAAGACACCAUCAUCGACUCGCUCGGACUGGUGGCUAACAUGACGUGUAAGAAAGCGGAGCAGAAGAUCAAACCGUACCUGAAGAAGCACCUGCCCAAACGGCUGCACUACGCCAACAGCCGUCGCAUCGAGGACGUCAACGUCCUGGUGGAACCAAAAUGGCUGUUUGAGAGAUAUCCUGGUUCUCUCACCUUCUGCUCUGGAGGAAACCAUGGCUACGACAACGACGCAGCUAGCAUGCAUGCCAUGUUCCUCAGCUACGGACCAAAGUUCCAGAAUGGAACGGAAAUCGAACCCUUUUCCAACGUCGAGCUCUACAACCUGAUGUGCGACCUGCUGCAGAUCUCACCCUCGGACAACAACGGGACGCACGGCAGCAUGAACCACGUCCUGAGGACGCCUUACUACACACCAGCGCCCCCUACAGAGCGGAGCGCUCCCGGUCAGUGUCAGCUGGUCAGUCUGGACCCUGAGGACGAACUGGGAUGUGUGUGUGCUGUUCUGGUCGGAAAUGAAAUCAACCGGCGUCUGAAUCUGACCGAGGAACAGAAGAGCGCCACCGAGCAGAAGCACCUGUUGUUCGGUCGUCCUCGGCAGCUUCAGCCUGGACACAGUUACUGCCUCCUCCACCAGGAGGCGUUCGUCAGUGGCUACAGCAGUGAACACCUGGUGCCGGUGUGGAGCUCCUACACCAUCAGCAGACCAUUGACCUCUGACCCACUGCCACCUGUGAUUCCCGACUGUUUGAGGGCCGAUGUCAGACUUCCAGCAUCUGAGAGUCCCAGAUGUGACCAGGCCGUCGGGAAUCUAACCCCAGCCUUCCUCUAUCCACCGAACCUGAACUCAUCAGCUGAUCAGCAGUUUGACGCUCUCCUGAUGAGUAACGUGGUACCGAUGUUUCCUGCCUUCAAGAAGAUCUGGACCUACCUCCACAACAACCUGCUCCUCAAAUACGCGUCUCUUUACAACGGCAUCAACGUGGUUUCAGGCCCCGCCUUCGACUUCAACUACGACGGCCAAUGGGACGAGUCGGAGCAGAUCCAGGAGUCGGUGCCGGGAACCAACGUUUCAGUUCCGACUCAUUUCUUCCUGGUUCUGAGCAGCUGUAGAAACUCCUCGGAGCCGGUCACGUCCUGCGGAGGAGAACUUCAGACGGUCUCCUUCCUGCUGCCUCACCGAGCUGAGAACUCAGAGAGCUGCAGGAAUUCUGAGGACGAGUCUACGUGGGUUGAGGACCUGGUCUGGUUCCAUCAGUCCAGAGUCCGGGACGUGGAGUGGAUCACGGGACUGGACUUUUUCCAGGACAGCGGCCGACCAAUCGCAGAGCUGCUGAGGCUGAAGACCCGCCCCACAGCUGCUAUUCACAGAAAAGCGUGAAACAUUUGAGACGUUUCUGGAGCUGACGUCGACUCACAGCUAAUUUAUUAUUUACCUACUGAUUUUCUGAUCCUAACAAACAUUUGUAAAAAUCAAAAAUAAUAUUUUAAACUUUGUUGUUUUCUGUGUGUCAUCAACGAUAUCUGUGACUGAUCAGACGCGAAUAUAUUUAUGAUUCACCAGCGGUGACUGUCGUCUUUGUUUCGUCGGUCGAUACCGAUGUUCAUCCGCUGCAUCACUGACUGUAACCCUGAAGAAAUGAAGCCCACAGCGCCCCCACUGUUCUAACGGUUUCCUAACUAACGUAUUUCCUGGUGUUGAGUUUUGAUCAUAUGUUCUGUCAUCUCUGACGGAAGUAAAAAAGAAAAAACAAUGUGAGGGGAGAUAAAAAUUCUGAAUUCUCAAGUAACUAAAUCUGCCCAGUAGUUUUUUUGUUUGUUUGUUUGUUUUUUCAAACUUAAAUUACAAAAUAAAAAUAAAAUAAAACGGGGUUAAAAACAGA